AUGGAGUGCCCAGAGAACCAAAAUGUCGCCUGUGCAACCUUCGUCCUACAAAAGGACGCAGAGAUAUGGUGGAGAGAUAACAAAACCCUCCUUAACCCAGAAGGGGGACCAAUGAACUGGGAACGAUUUAAGGAGGCCUUCCUUAAAGAAUAUUAUCCUAAGUCAGAGCGACUUAAAAGGCAGCAGGAGUUCGCCCACCUAGUACAGGGAGGACUCACAGUGGAGAAGUACAACAGAGAGUUUAAUAAACUCAAGAGAUUUGCACCGUCCAUGGUGGACACUGAGGAAAAGAUGACAGAGAAAUUUGUAUUGGGUUUGGAACCAAGAAUCCGCCGCAUGUUGGAGGCAUUCAACCCAAAGACCUAUGAGGAAGCCUUGAGAACUGCCAAGGCUUUAGAGAAACCAAAGGAUGAGAAACGACAUGAAGAGCCAGUUGUAAUUGGGCAGAAGCGUCCUCAUGAAUCAGGAGGCUCUGACCGUCCACCACCAGCACGUAGGCACCGUUCCAAUAACAGACCCACUCCUAGAUGGGAUGAGCGACACCCUCCCCGACAUACUAAUAGGAACCCCAGGAAUCAAGAUGGGGCCAGAGGGAGGAGAGAGGAAGGGUGCACUAUCUGUGGAAGACUACACGGUGGGAGGUGCAUGGCUGGCAGCCGAGCGUGUUAUAGAUGUGGUCAAGAGGGGCACAUCGCUGUGAACUGCACGGCCGGAAAUGCUACAGCACAAGCAAACCCGCCCAGAGUAGUAGAGAAAACGGAUCAACCAGCACCACCGCGAGCUCAAGCUAGGGCAUACGCGUCAACCAGCAAGGACACUGGGAGGUCCGACGCCGUGGUGACAAGGUUCGAAUUAGAACCCUUAUUACAUGAAAUGUCUGUAAGCACCCCUGCGGGGGUAGACUUAGUAUCUAGGGAUAGAGUAAAGGAUGACCAAGUAAUCAUAGGGAACCAAACUUUAAGCGUUGACCUGAUGGUGGUAAACAUGACAGAUUUCGACGUCAUACUAGGCAUGGAUUGGUUAGCUGAAAAUCGAGCUAGUAUAGACUGUCGCAAAAAGGAAGUAAAAUUUUCACCACCGAUAGGACCUACCUUUAAAUUUAAAGGCACAAAUACCGGGAUUACCCCCAAGGUAGUCUCGAUGAUGAAAGCAAAGAGGUUAGUCCAACAAGGUGGAUGGGCUGUAUUAGCAUGUGCUGUAGACGUGAGAGGAAAGGAAGAGACCCUAGUAAACGUGCCAAUAGUAAACGAGUUCCCGGAUGUAUUUCCGGAUGACUUACCUAGAAUACCCCCUUCCCGAGCGGUCGACUUCGUCAUCGAACUCGAGCCGGGAACUGGGCCUAUUUUCAAAGCACCCUAUCGCAUGGCGCCAGCAGAGUUGAAGGAACUCAAGGCGCAACUGCAUGACUUACUAGAUAAAGGAUUCAUUCGACCUAGCGUAGAAGCAACAGUAUUCUCUAAGAUAGAUCUUCGGUCCGGUUACCACCAAAUUAGGAUUAAUGAAAAAGACGUACCAAAAACAGCGUUUAGGACAAGGUACGGUCACUACGAGUUUGUGGUGAUGUCAUUUGGCUUCACCAACGCCCCAGCUAUAUUUAUGGAGUUAAUGAACCAGGUAUUCAAAGAAUGCCUAGACAUGUUUGUGAUUGUGUUCAUUGACGACAUCCUCAUAUACUCGAGAACCGACCUAAAGCACGAGGAACACCUCUUAAAAGUCCUAACCACCAUAAGAGAGCACAAGUUGUACGCCAAGUUCUCCAAAUGCGAAUUUGGUUACGACAAGUCUCUUUCCUAG